CCUGUCAUGAACAAACGAUAUCUGUCGGAUUUUAUUUUACUUUUGUGCCUGAUUCUACCUCCCUUCGAGGCAGGCAUUACGGGUGAACGGGUCAGACGUCUAUCGAAUCCCACGAUUGAGAAUACGACCAACAUCUUUGCCAGAUUUGUGGUCUCCAUACGGACGCGAACGCCACGCAAAUACUAUGGGGACAAUCACUUUUGUGGUGGGGUCAUUGUAUCACACAGAUUUGCCAUGACCUGUGCGCACUGCCUCAUAGACAGUCACAGGCUUCUGCUGUCGAGCAGGGACUUGCUUGUCGUCGCUGGAUCACCCAACAGGCUCAAGUUUUUCAGGGAUCGCAAUGUCCAUGCUCCAGUCACGACCAUCUUUGUUCCGGAGAACUUUACCAUCUACAAUACCAACGAUCUGGCUCUGUUGAAGCUCACAUAUCCACUGCCCAUGAACAAUAAAUAUUUGGCUGUGAUCAAGUUGCCCACAGCAGAGCCCAUCAAGGGAAGCGAGUACAUUGUGCUUGGCUGGGGUCGACUCUACCACAAUGGACCUUUGGCAUCGGACAUCACACAGAUUAAGGUGACGCUCUAUAGCCACUUGGCCUGUGAACUGAUAUUGAAUGUCUUCACGGAUGAGAUGAUGUGUGCCGGCAAUAUGGAUCACUUGGAUAUGAACCCCUGUGCCGGCGAUCUGGGUGGUCCAUUGAUUGACAACGACACAGUCUAUGGCAUUGUCAGCUAUCGCUUGGGCUGCGGCCACAAGGAACUGCCUUCCGUCUACACGAAUGUCUAUGAGAAUAAGCAGUGGAUCAAUUUCAUUAUAACCACCAAUUGCAGCCAUCGUCCAUGUAAUUAUUUUGCACUCCUAUUGUUUGUAAUUGGUUUUAAAUUUGCAUGUAUAAAAUAAAUGAAUGUGGCAAUCGGGGA